AUGUCAGACCAGACCGGCAAUGCGUACUCUCCAAUGAAGAUAUCGAGUGCUGAAUUUGUGCAUGUGUGCCAGCCCGCAUUAGGCAGGCUUGACUCGAAUACGAACGAGGGAAUGCUGUAG